UUUAAUAAUCGAGACACUUUAGUCAUAACUUCUAAUACUUUAGUAUGGCUUAGGUUUAUUUGCUUUUAAUACUUGUAGUUAAUGAUUGAAUUGUGGUAAUUUGGUGUAAUAAUUGUUUUGUGAUGGUGUUAUAAUAUACGGAGUAUUGUAAUUUCAUAACCAUUGAUGUUGGAUUCAAGAGGUGGCGUUUUUAGUAAAGUGAGGCAUCAACUUUAUAUUGGAUGUUCAUUCCUUGUAUUGCAAAUUUUUCUGAUUGGGUUUUAGAUGCAUUCCGUUGAAGAAUCAUAUGUACUUCCUCCAUUUUCCAAAUAUUACAUCAAAAAUAAAAUCUAACAAGUCAUUACAAAAAUAUAGUUUUUGUUCAAUGUAAUCACGAAAUGUUAGUUGGUUUAUUAACUUAGGUUUCAUAACCUUUGUCACCAUUUAUUGUUUUCUAUGUAAAUGGGACUGUAUUGUAUUGAAUUUGUUAGGUGGUGUAAUAACUUAGGUUUCAUACUUUCAUGAAUAUUUCCGCAUUUUUAGGUGUGGUAGGCUAAAGUGUUAAACCCCUUAGUAUUAACUUUCAUCAUAACGGAUUUUUAAUCAUCAAAUGAAAAACAGAGAAUAUGCUUAGCUUGUAAUUAUCAGGGUUGUGGAAAGCUAGAACCUAAAGGAUGAAGCCAAUUGUUGUAUUAAAACUCAAAAUGCAAGUUUAUGGCUUCUGCCUAGCACUAUGGCUUGUUGGAGUUCUACUAAUGACAUUCAACUUCUCUAGUGGCAUAAUGGUUGUCGAUAGCAAUACAAUGACAACGACAAGUAGAAAUCUGAAGGAAAUCAGAUAUGGUUUCAAGUUUGCUCAGGUAAUUUCAGAUGGUGACGUGAGCUUGGAAGACUAUCGCCCUGUUGAUCCAAGCCCAAGUCAUUCCAAGGCUUCUGUAAAACAUGGACCUAUUCAGCAUGGUGCUCCUUCACAUCCUUACAUUCCAAAACCAAAGCCUCCGCCUCCAGCUCCUAGUCCCUUUGACCAUGAUGGAUCGCCUUAACCUGUAAAAGUCGUCAGCUUAGCAUCUGAUCUUAAGAAAGGUAAAAAAAAAAAACAUAAUGUUGUCUGAUAUUUUGAUGUUUGUAUUCUUUUCACGGAUGCCUAAUGUAUAUCUCCUUCGAGUGUAACAUCUACUUCAGAAACAAUUUGAAAAUAUGUUCUGUACUAACCCUAUGGCUGGUAGAUCAGGUGAUCUAAUUUGCUUAUGAUCAAAAUUCAUAGUUACUUGA